AUGUCUGAACAUUUCAAGGCCUGCUGACUGCUGUGCUAGCUACGGCAUGAGACCGUGUGGCAUUUCAUCGCUAGACCGGGAGGAAGUCUGGGAUGUUAGGAGGAAUCAAAAGUUGCUAGCCAGCCUCCCUCCCUUCCGAGUUCCGAGUCAAUUCGGUCGGUCAGACUACCAGGGCCAGUUGACAUGCUCUGCUUCUUAUGCGGCGGAUAACAUUUCUGCCGUGCAUAUGUCGCCAGGACAGGGAACCAGGACUCCAGGAGUGUGUUCGUGUGUGUGCGAGCAAGCGAUCGUCCCUCUCGUACUAGGGUGUGGUACAGCCACCUUGGAGGUGUUUCAUGAAGAUUUUCGUCUUCGUUCGAUGAGUUCUUUAUGCAAGGCAGUUGUUGUGUUCCUUCCAUCUGUCAGGUAUUUAGCUUCUUUCUCCAAGAAAUGGGCUGCCUCCGCCUCUUCCACGGCAGGUGCAAGAGCAAGAAGCGGCCGGAGGCGCCGGCCACUUCAUUCUUCUCUACCGUCUCCACCGAGGCGCGCUCGACCGUGUCCGUGCCAGCCGCCGCCUCCUCGAACGUGUCCUCGGCCAACGCCACGAGCCACUUCGAGUCCGAGGCCCCGGGCGCGAGGCCGGUGGCGAGCGGGUCAUCGGGCUCGGCUUCGUCGGCGCGGAGCAUCCUUGAGCUGUACGAGGAGAGGGGCGCGCGCGGGCGCGGCCUGCGCGACUUCGGGCUCCGGGAGCUCCGCGUCGCCACGCGCGACUUCAGCCCGCUGCUCGUGGUCGGCGAGGGCGGUUUCGGGUGCGUCUACAUGGGCGUCCUCCGGCUACCCGGCGGCGGCCCCGACGGCACGCCGGUCGCCGUCAAGAGGCUCAACCCCAACUGCCGUCAGGGCCACAAGGAGUGGCUCGCCGAGGUCCACUUCCUGGGCGUCGUCGAGCACCGGAACCUCAUCAAGCUCAUCGGGUUCUGCGCGUCGCGGACCGACAGAGGCCCGCAGCGGCUGCUGGUUUACGAGUUCAUGCCGAACAAGACGCUGGACGACCACCUGUUCAACCGGGCGUACCCUGUCCUACCUUGGGAAGUCAGGCUGCAGAUUGCGCUGGGUGCCGCCGAGGGGUUGCUGUAUCUCCAUGAGGGCCUGGAGCUUAAGAUCAUAUACCGCGAUUUCAAAGCGUCGAACGUACUGUUGGACGAGGACUUCAGACCCAAACUAUCGGACUUUGGAUUAGCAAGGGAGGGGCCAUCAGAAGGCCAGACUCAUGUGUCCACAGCGGUCAUGGGAACCUUUGGCUACGCAGCUCCGGACUACGUCCAGACCGGGCGCCUCACCACCAAGAGCGACGUCUGGAGCUUCGGCGUGGUGCUGUACGAGAUCCUCACCGCCCGGCGAUCGAUCGAACGAAACCGACCCAAGAACGAGCAGAAGCUCCUGGAGUGGGUGAGGCGGCACCCGGCCGAGAGCAAGCAGUUCGGCGAGAUCAUGGACGCGAGGCUGGAAGGGCGGUACCCCAUGAGAAGUGCCAGGGAGGUCGCCAAGCUGGCCAACGGCUGCCUCGCGAAGCACGCCAAGGACCGCCCCACGAUGAGGGAGGUGGUCGAGAGGCUGAAGCAGGCCAUGCUGCACACGGAGAUGGAUGGUUUUGUGGAUGCGGUGGAGCAAGGCUCCCCUGUUGUUCGGGAGGCCCCGUGGUCGCCGGAGGCAGAGGAUGCGUGCGCAGCGGCAGCGGCGGCGAAGAGGCGGAUGCUGCAUCUCGAUGGUCUAGGGAGAAAUGCCGACGUUCACGCGAGGAGGAGGCUCAUGCUCAUGAGGGCGUCCUCCGCCGCCGCUCCGACGUGAUCUCCUGUCGUUGUUGAUGCUCUUGACUUCCUGUACAGUCUGAACCUACGAUGACUUCUGAAAUUUGAGUUUUUAUAGGCUUAGUAUUGGGGAAUUGCUAAACAUAGUUCUGAUUUACAGUAACAUCUUCUUUCUAUUUCAUCCAUGCCUUCUUGUGCUCACUAGUGAGCAGAUUCUCUAUUGCUCUACUGUAUU